AUGCUUGAAAACUCAAUUUAUGAACUGAGAAACACAGUAACAGAACUAGAAAAAGGAGUUAGCAGUGCUGAGGAUGAAGGUAAUGAAUGGAGAACCAGGUGUGAGACACAAGUAGAAUUGAACAAACAGCUGGAAAGGCAAAUUAAUAUUCUUCAAGAGAAGAUGGAGCUUAUUCGUGGCAGCCCAGCAGAUAAAUUGUCCAGUGUUCGGAACUUUGAUCAAAUGCCUUUGAGUUCCUUAAAGGAAGUUCUUAAACAACUACAAGAAGAGAAGAAAAGUCUCCAGAAUCAGCUAAAAGACUAUGAACUUCGACUGGAACAAGAAGCAAAGGCUUACCACAAAGCUAAUGAUGAGCGGCGCAUGUACCUCUCAGAGAUCUUACAGACCUCAGCUACACUUAAAAUGGUUGAAAGGAAAAAAACAGAUGCUGUGACAGGCAAGGGAGGAAACAAAAUGCUGAGAAGGAGAUACAGUGUUCCAGGAAACCCGAAGAUGGUCAGUCCUCAAAAAGGAUCAAUUAAGAAGACUGUAGGAGUGAAGCAGCUCCCAAAAAUAAAACACUGA